AUUAUCAAUAUAGAAUCAAAAUAUUUUUAUUAGAAUAUAAAACAAAAAAAAUAUAUAUUUUGUCUACCUGUGUGAUCUAAAUGUGGUAGAAUUAUUUUCAUCUAUAUACAUGAAACAAUGAAUGAGUGCGUGUGUUUAAAUAUAUUCUUUGUAAUGAGGACUUGGAAGUUGCCUUAAUUUCUCUACGAGAUGCCAAUAUUUAUUUUGACAUUGAAUUUAUAUCAAUCAUUGUCCAAAGAUCUCGUGGAAAACUACGGAUAUGUGUGUACAGCCAACUCAAUCGUUCUGCAAGCUUUGCCAUGGCUUCAAAAGUGAUUAAUAGAAGAACUGAGAGAGGGCUAUUCUUGUCGACUCGCCUGCUGGCCGCGGUCCAAACUGGACCAGUAGUCUGUCCUGGGGACCCUAUGGGGUCCGGAGGUAGUAAGCACAAGCAGUCUCGCAAUUUCCAGGCAUCAGAAAGACCUUCACCUCCAGGGAAACCUUAUUUAGUUCCUGGGUCACCGAGAUCAGAUCCUGAUGUGAUAACCAUAAAAUGGGACCCUCCAAUCUAUGGAGGAGGGUCCAAAAUUAUUGGUUAUGUGGUGGAGCACAAAAGGACCGCUUCACCGCAUUGGGUGAAGGCAACACCAGUUCUUGUGAAACACCACCAGCUUUCCUUAAGUGGGCUCGAACCUGGUAUGAGAUAUCAAUUUAGAGUUUCUGCAGAGAAUUCUGGAGGCAGAUCUGAUCCCAGCCUGCUCUCAGAGCCCAUAGCUAUAUCACACCAAAGAGGAGUUGCCAUUGCCCCCUUUUUCAUAAAAAAUAUUAACGAUACGACCGCCCUCGAAAAUGAAAAGGUAGAGUUUACGGUAAGGGUAGAAGGCACACCAUUUCCUAAAAUUUCUUGGUACAAAGAUGGAUUUGAGGUUUUUAGCAAUAGAAGGCAAAGAGUUUCAACUGAUGGAAAUGUUAGUACAUUUGUUAUACAUCAAGCAGCAUUAACUGAUGAAGGAGAAAUAAAAUGUUGUGCUACUAACAAAGCAGGACAUGCAGUUUCUAAGGCAUCUCUUACACUCCAAGCAUUGCCUGCUAUACGACUUCCUCGUCAGUAUGAAGAUGGAAUAUUGUUUGAACUUGGAGAAGCAGUCAAACUUAAAGUUUCUAUAAAUGGAAGGCCACCUCCUGAAGUUACAUGGUAUCAUAAUGGCCAAGUUCUGGUUGCUGGUCCUCGAGUAGAAUGUGCUACAACAGACAGAUAUGCUAUGUUGAGGAUUUCCAAUGCUACACGAGAAGAUAGAGGAGAAUACCAAGUAAGAGCUAUCAAUUGCCUUGGGGAGGAUACAGCUUCUUUGUUAGUGACUAUAACAGAUCGACCUUUACCACCUGGUAAAGUAAAUGUUGUUAUGACUCUUGGAAGAUGUGUUACACUUGCCUGGACUAUACCAUAUGAUGAUGGUGGCUGCAAAAUCGGAAACUAUAUUGUUGAAUAUUUCAGGAUUGGUUGGAAUAUGUGGCUAAAAGCAGCUACAUGCAGGCAAUUAACAACAACUAUAGGAGACCUCAUUGAAGGUUCUGAAUACAAAUUCAGGGUAAAGGCUGAAAACCCAUAUGGAAUCAGUGAUCCAAGUGAAGAAUCAGAUACAAUUUUUAUUCCUGACCCCAAAAGGGGGUUAUUGGAACCACCACCUCAGGGAGCAGAGAUGACUCUGGAUGAUGUUCCUGACCAAUGGUUAGAAUCAAGAGCAGAUCGAAUUUCAUCCAAAAACUCUCCGAAACAUAAUGUUAUGGGGGACUGGAAUGAAGAUAGUCCAAUACCAUCUCCAGUUCUCUUAGCAAAUCAAGUUCUUCGUAAAGUUAAGAUGGCUCCCAAAAGAGGUUGGAGCGAAGAUAGCCAAGGCUCACCUCCAAGGGAGUCACCACCUCCUCUUCCACCAGUUCCACCCAAGAGGAAGCACCGAGCUUCACCAUCAUCUGAUAAGGCUGCUUCUCCUGUUGAAGAAAAAAUUAAACCAGGUUCUGCAUGGAGGUGGGAAAAAGAACUUAGCCCCCGGUCAAAUGAUGAUGAAAUGCAUAGCAGUUCAGAAAUGAUGCUUGUUUUACUACCGAAUAAAAGAAAGCAGUCAAAUGGUGAUCAAGGAGAAGAUAAAAAUUUACUCUCUCCUGAUGACUUUGAAUCUGAAGCUGGUGUAGCACCACCACUUUCUCUUUCUGCUCCUGAACUAAGCAGUUGUGAACCUUUUGAUUUUCAAGAAUUAAGAUUGUCUGCGAGCUCUUCUGAAAUAAUGCAUGAAUUGGCUCUCAUAAGGUUCAACAAAGAAGCAAACGAAGAAGAAGCUGAAACACACCUGAAACAACGAUAUGGCAUCGAGCGAAAAAGAAGUUUUGAAAGGAGAUCUUCUAAAACUAAGGAAAAUUUUAUUUCCAGCAAAGAUAACCUGCAAUCUAUAGAUAAUAUCUUAACAAAGACUAAAGAACUUAAAAUGGAGCUAAAUUCCUCAAGGGCUAAACGCCUAUCUGACUCAAGUGAUGAAUUAGAUGAACGUGAAAAUAGAGCUGAUCAAUUCUCUGAGCGAUUUCAAAAUUUAGAAAAAUGUUUUAAAGAGUACACUGCUUUAACCAACAUGAAAGUACAUUCAGAUGAUGAAAGUGACAGAAUAUCAUCCAAUUAUUCAGAAGAUGAAAUUGAUGAAGAUACUUACCAUCCUAGAAGUAUGAUUCCCAGUAAUACAAAAAUGAGUCAAGAAAGUGUAACACAUUCAAUAGCUGUCCCAUAUAAACCUCCAAUGAUAACUAUUAAUGAAGAACCAGAGCCAUUAAAAUUUGACUCACCUGAAUCACAAAGAAAAAGCCUUAGAAAUGGAAGAGAUUCUCCUGAUUUUUCCUCUUCUUUCAGAAGAUCUCUUACUCCUGAACGUUCAAUGGAUCGCUCUCGCUCUCCAUCUCCAAAUAUAGUAGUUGUUGCUUCUCCAGAAGUGUAUGAGAGACAUGAACCUCCUGUUUUGCCUGUGAUUCCCAAACCUAUUCUUAAAACCAGAGAAAAGUCAGUGGAAAGGUCUGAUCGAUCUGAUGCAUCUGUUUACAGUCUUAAGAAAGUUAGAAUUGAAGAACCUGAAGAAAAAGAGGAAGGGAUAUUUUUACAGCAUGAGAAUGAUAUUGGUCUUGAAGCUGGAGAAGUUGCCAGAAAUAGAAGAAAGAAAGCCCAGUCCAUGGAGGAAUCAGAAGGAACUAAAGUUAUAGUUAACUUAUACAGUGACAUUGUUAGGGAAUUUGGACAUAGUAAAAAACCAACUUCUAAAUUGUAUCUAAGUUAUGAUGAACUGAAAGCAGCUGCUGAGAAAAAUGAAGAAAACAAGUUUCAACCUACAGAAGAUAAUUUUAAAGCAUUGAACCAGACUCAACAAAAAACAGAGUCAAAGGAAACAGUAGAAGUUCAAGAUCAAGAUAUGGCAAUUCAAGACAGUUUAAAAGUUUCUAAAAAGCCACUUGAAGUCAAAUCAAAACAAUACAUGGAAUAUCUUUUAGACUUCUUUCUAUUUCUCGUCGCAUGUUGGCUUUAUUUCUUUAAAGAUGCUCGGCUCACUAUUCCUAUAUUAAUUUUAAUGAUUUACCGUCAGGUAAAUGAAACAUUAAAAAACGUUAAACUUCCUUGGCAGAAGAAAAAAAAAUUAUAAACCAUCAUUUAAUUUGUAUUAUUUAUGUAUUUAAAUCCUGUUUAUGCAUAUAAAAUUGCCAACUAACUUGAUUCAAAUCAUUGCAGUCAAUUAUGUCUGUGAUAGGUUAAAUAUUUUUUAUCAUGUUAUUUUUUAAAUUAAAUAAUUACCAAGUUUUUAUAUU